AUGAAGAUUUCCCAGUGUAUCGCUUUCUUGGCCAUGGCCUCUGCUAGCCUGGCGACCCCGACUCCUGCCAAACGCGAAGCUAAUGUUGACAUCGAAAGCUAUCCAUAUGACUUUGGAUUCUUGGAGGAGAAAAGAGCACCAGCUGAGGAAAAGCGUGCCGUUGAUAUUGAGUCUUACCCUUAUGACUUUGGGUUUUUAAGCGAAGAGAAACGAGAUGCCGCGGAAAAGCGAAAUGUCGAUAUUGAGUCUUAUCCCUAUGACUUUGGGUUCUUGGCUGAGGAAAAGUAA